UGAACUCAUAUUAUCUUAUGUAAUUAAAAAAUAAAUUUAGGUGUAUAUGGCUGGUAUUCCAGUGUAUUUCAACUGAAUUGGAGUGUAAUUAGUGAUCUUGUUUUGCUGCUUUUGUAGGGGACCUAUUUCCAGAAAAAGUUAAUUUUAAAGAGUUAUUUGAGGAGAACAAAGAAGUUUACAGAAGGUUCUAGGAAAAAAUAUUGAAGAAUCUGACGGAUGAGAUGAUGGAUAUUGGUGUUGACACUGAUGAAGAUCGGCUUAUGUUCAAGAAGGUCUUCAACCUCUAUAUUCAAAUGGCGCUUAUUUCCGACAACAAUAAACAAAGUUUCUCCAAUCUACAUGCCUCCAAUUUUUCGUGUGGACAACAUAAGGAAGUGGAACUGGGGUGGCCAUGUCCUCGAAUUCAUCAUCAAGGGCAUAAGCAAGCACCACUUGAAAAAGAAAAAAUCCAUUGAUGGCUGCCUAUAUGCCUUGAUGAUUGUAUACUUUCAUGAAUCGAAACAAAAAAACAAGAAUGCUGAUGCAAUUCUUGGACCGCCCUGGGUGAGGCAUUGGACUAAGGAGUUACUGCUUCAAAGGAUCAAAGAUGAAACUCACGGUCAUAUGGGCAUCGUCAAGAGGACAGAACUGAAAAAGAAAUUGAAGACAAUGAAAAAGGAAGAAAAGAAGGAAAAAAAGAGAAAGACAAAAAAGAAGGAGGACAUUUCAUCGGAGAGUAAUAUUGCUAUUUCCUCUGAGUCUAAGUCUGAACAAGACUCAGAGGAAUCAACAAAAACAAGAAAACAACCAACCAGAAUAGCAAAAAAGUAAGUAAUAUUUUUCAGUGUAUUUUGUCAUUUUUACUGUAUUUUUUGCUAAUGAUUGUUUGCUGUCC